AUGACACUUCCGUACAACCUGCCGCUAACGAGGGAUGCGGUAAAUAGGCACUUCAAGGAGGUUAGGCAACUUGGGAAAGGCGCAUAUGGCACGACGAGCUUGCUAAUGGACACAUUUGAUAACAGCAUAGUACGCAAGCGAAUCGACGUCACUUCUCUAUCCGAGCUCAUUGCAAAUAUAAACCAUCCUUUCAUUGUAAAAUACCUGGGAAGCUACCUCGAGGGAAAUGUCCUCUAUAUACUAACCCACUACUGCAAAGGUGGCGAUCUCCACCGCUAUAUCGCCCAAAAACGGAAGCACGAUGAACCCAUUCGUGAAGAGCGCAUAUUGAAAUGGAUUGCGCAGCUGCUAUCAGCUCUAAAGUACCUCCAUAAACGCCACAUUCUACAUCGAGACUUGAAAUCUCUGAACGUGCUCAUCGAUUCCGACAAAUCACUAAAAUUAUGUGAUUUUGGGGUUUCAAAGACUCUAAGUGCAACUGCGGACCACACAAAAACGGUCAUCGGCACUCCAUACUAUUUCAGCCCAGAGCUAAUCAAUGGACAGGAGUACAGUUGGCCGUCAGACAUAUGGGCAUUAGGAUGCCUGACAUAUGAGCUUGCAACCUUCAAAACUCCCUUCGACGGUGUUGGAGGCAUGCAGCAACUUGUGAGGCAUAUAAAAAGCACACCGAUACCAGACCUCCCGAGCGCCUAUUCUCUGGAGCUAAACGCACUCUUUAGGUCUAUGAUGUUCCAAGAUAUGAAAUUCCGCCUAUCGGCGUCGGAAUUGCUUGCUACGGACAUUAUGCAACGCGCGCUGCGCCUGAUGUUAAGGGAGGCUGAAUUAAAAUCUCCAACGCAAAUACCCGAUUGCACAAGUAGCAGUUUAUUGAAGAGCAAAUUACUAUCGACCAUUCCCGAUGAUUCUGAAGCGGUAGGCGGAAUCAACAACAGACACCAAAUGACAAUCCAAAUAGGAGACCAGGAGCUCGAUGAAUAA